CAGGCAUACACACCCCCCGUAUACAGACAGCUCCGCCGUUACCAGCGCUCUCCUCCCGCUCGCACAUGAGACUAUCGGAGCUGUCAGUGAGGACCCCCGGCCGCUCGCUCGUCUCCCGGACAAAAGCUUCUUCUGUGAUCCGGCAUUGUGCGCAGGAUUUCCAGGAGGGGAGUGUAUUGUAGACAGAAAAGAUGACAUACUUGUCUCUCAUUGGGAUGGGAAGAUAGCAGGGACAGCCGUAGGAAAAUAAAAGCAGGAGCGAGCGGCGACGAUGGCGUACACCCACUCGCACAUCAUGGCAUCCAGAAGGCAUCCGCCAAGUCGUGUCAUUAUCGAAGUAGACGAGUACAGCUCCAACCCCACACAGGCGUUCACCUUCUACAACAUCAACCAGGGACGAUUCCAGCCGCCACACGUGCAGAUGGUAGAUCCUGUACCCCAUGAUGCUCCAAAACCACCUGGCUAUACCCGAUUUGUCUGCAUUUCCGACACCCAUUCAAGGACUGACCUCAUCCAGAUGCCAUAUGGAGAUGUUCUAAUCCACUCUGGAGAUUUUACAGAGCUCGGGCUACCGAGCGAAGUGAAGAAGUUCAACGACUGGCUCGGAAGCCUCCCGUAUGAGUAUAAAAUAGUCAUUGCCGGCAAUCACGAGUUGACAUUUGACCACGAGUUCAUGGCCGACUUAAUCAAACAGGAUUUCUAUUAUUUUCCCUCUGUGUCGAAACUGAAGCCGGAGAAUUACGAAAACGUUCAGUCUCUGCUCACAAACUGCAUCUAUCUCCAGGAUUCUGAAGUUACUGUGCGAGGAUUCCGGAUAUACGGUUCCCCGUGGCAGCCCUGGUUCUAUGGAUGGGGAUUCAACCUUCCUCGGGGGCAGGCUUUAUUAGACAAGUGGAACCUCAUACCAGAAGGCACAGACAUCCUCAUAACACACGGACCACCACUUGGAUUUUUGGAUUGGGUGCCAAAAAAGUUACAGAGAGUGGGAUGUGUGGAGUUAUUGAACACGGUGCAGAGGAGAGUUCAGCCGAGGUUACAUGUGUUUGGUCACAUACAUGAAGGUUAUGGCGUCAUGGCCGAUGGAACCACCACAUACGUCAAUGCCUCGAUAUGUACUGUCAAUUACCAGCCGGUAAAUCCUCCCAUAGUUAUCGACUUGCCGAACCCAAGGAACACGUGAUUCACGCAACACGCGUGCUCCGUCCUCCUCCUCCUCAGCUGGUCCAUGGACACCACAUACAUGUGCGACAUAUAUACCGGCUCUGACUAUUGACUACCGCUAUAAGAUUUGCAGGACUGAUGGAGGAUAUUUUUUUUUUUUUGUGCAAUUGUUUUGGACGUCGUUUCGGAAGUCAAACAUUUCCAGCAACCACGCUGAGAGAACUGUGAUGUCAUACGAUGUCCUCAGGCCGCACGCGAGCCGCUACGAAUCUACGCACAGUGAUUGAUGCUGCUGCUAUUGUUAUAUAAAAGCACACUGACUGCAACAGAAAGGAACAAAAAACUUUUUCUUCCCAUAGGAACCGAGAAAAUGGAUAUUAACCUCAAGAUGCCGGGGACCAGUUAUAGUCUUCGCACCAGCUGCUCGCCUACUAAGGGGUUAAAUAUGUGGAGACUUUUUUUCUAUCCGCUCGGUGUCUCGCUGGCGGCUGCCGAUGCUGCCGCCUGUUUUGCAAGCACAGUUCAUGUUUGUUGUGUUGGGCCGAAUUGUUCUUUAAUUCUGAAUGCUAAAAAAAAUAA